UAACUUCCGGGUGGAAGUAUAACCUACGGAUAGACCUUCGCUUCGAUAUUCAAAUGAGCCAAAAGCAAUAGUCUAUAUCCGUGUGGCCAGCGGGGUUCGAACCAGAGUUCGUUGUAUUGAGUUUAUUUCCUCAAACGCCACUGGACCUUUUGAUUCAUCUUUUCAAUUAAAUCUUACUUCGGAUAAAGAUCAAACGUCAUGAAAACGAUAGUGGCUUGAUUUGGAGAGGAAUAAGAAGAAUCUCUUAAUUGGGACUUUUCUAAUAUAGUGUAUGCUUAUGUGUCUGCAUUAAAUGUCAUGUGUACAAACAACAUGAUUUGACUAGUUCUUCUGGUUUAUAUUAUCUUUAUAGAGCUUUAAAAAAGCCGGGGUGAAGAGAGUCACUUGCAAAAAUACCCUAAUAUCUCCCUCACAGAAGCACGCCGCCAAGCUUACUAUCAGAUCCAGAAUCGGGGAUCUCCGGUGUUUGGCGUUCCUCGCCGGCACCGGAGAUGCUAUCUUGUCUUCGUUCAUAGUAUGGUUGUAGUUAUUGGUGGUACUUAGCUUACUCUCUGAUGGCAUCUCUUUCCCUCAGGUUCAUCUUGUUUGAGGAGCUAGGAGGUUUUGAGGUUUGUUGUUUGUUGUGUAGUGGAGGUCGUGUCUUUGGCGCCGGUGAAUUUCGUUGGAUGAAACCGGUUACGAUUUUCCCCAAAUCUGUGUCCUCAACUCUGUUUCUCACUAGAAAUUGAAUCUAAGGCAUCUUGGGUGGGUUUGAGUUUUUGUCCUCUGUCUUGAAUAAGUAACGGUGUAAGUGGUGGUGUAUUGGUGUUGUGUGGUGAGCAGAACAGGUCUAUCAUCUUUCAGAAGUUUCAGACUGUUGUCACCUCUCCGCCUUAGGAGUCCUUCUCCCGUCCUUUUAAUGAGUGUGUCUCCGGAUGGUCUUAUGUCUCUCUCAUUCCUCGGUGGCUUCUGUUCGGUGAAGCAAUAUAAAGGGGUUGAAGUUCUAAGCUUUCUGAUGAAGGUUCGGUUGAGGAGGGGGUCUUAGUCUCGAGUGUUUGUUUCUUCUCGAUUUGAUGUCUUGUGUUUGGCUCAGUGUUUCUGGCUUUGUACCGUGAACUGGAGGUUCAGGUAUGUUUCAUUGGUCUUUGCAUCGCUUACUAUCUCUUGUGCUUGUGUGGUUCUUGCCAAGAGUUCCGGCUGUUCAAUGAUUAGAUAACUCUCUUCUUUCUCUUUCUUAAGAUGGUUUAUGGGUUUAGAUGUAGGAGCGUAGCCUUGUCUAAUAAUCAUUGUAGUUGUUUAUGUGCUGCCUGUUGUUUGGGCUUUUGAUUCCCUCUUGUGGGCUAAGUUUCCGGGGAUUGUAAGGUGUUUCCGCCGGCUUUGGAUUUCACCCAUGUAUGUUUCUCAGUUUUAUCAAUCAAAUUCAGAUGGAAAAAAAAAAAGAAGAGAGUCACUUGUUAUUGGGUUGAUUAGUUAUGAAUAUUUUUUUUGUUUUAUAUUUGAUAGUAGUUAUAUAGGGACCUUUAGAUUUAUUUGUAUCUUUAAAAAAGUGUUGGAAAAUUUACAAAAAGUCUCUUGAAAUUAAAUGUCAAAAACACCAAACACCAAAAUAGUAUUAGUUUUCAUUAUAGCCCAAUCCAAAUACUAAUCAAUCAUAAUUAUUUUUAAAUUAUAAUUUAAUAUUUAUGCUAAAUCAGUGCAUAGAAAAAUAACAUGAUUAAUGUGGGUCUCUUAGGAUGAGAUUCUUAGCGUAAUAUAAAAACGUCACUUAGCUUUUAACUAAAAAAAACUAAGAAACGUCUCUUAAAACACAUUUAAUGGGGGGUUCUUAGGGUGAGGUUCUUAGAGCAUGUUUAAAUAUUAAGAACCGGUUCUUAGUUUUUUAGUUAAAAAUUAAGAGAUGGAUUUUUAUAUCCCGAUAAGAAUUUCACCCUAAGAACCUCCAUUAAACAUGCUCUUAUAUCUCUUAUUUAAAAUACGUUUAUUAGUUUUCUUAGUUAAAAGCUAAAAGACAUUUCUUAUAUUACGAUAAGAACCCCACCUUUAGAAAUCCGCAUUGAUGCUCUAACAUUUUCUGAUAAAAAUUCAGUAAAAUAUAGUUGAAUUAUUUUCUUAAAUUUAUAAAAAUAUUUCCACUAAUUUCAGAAUUGGUAUGGCCUAAUUAAUAGAGAGAAGAAAAUGAGAGAAUUACGGAAUUAUCUCUUCUGCAAAACAAAUCUCUUAUGAUAUCUUUUGCCUCUUUGGCACCGGGUCUUACCCGUGGUUGUGAGAUGAUUCGUUUUCUUCUCCUUUUUCUUGCUUCCACGUGUUGUUUUUAGUCAAUCUUGAGCUUCAAAAGUUGGUCUUCUAACAUCUGAAGCGUUGGUUGGUAAUAUACGGUGGUCCUGAAGGUGCGAUUGUUCAGGCUUCACGACUUAGAAUUAAGGGGACAGAUUCGAGUUGUGUUCCCCUAAAUCUUCGUCGUUCCCUUCUUCUGCAGAUCUACGGUUGCUCGAGCGUUUCCAGUCUAACAGUGUGGCGAAGGAGAUCUCUCUUUGAUAAUGAUAAGGCGCGACGUAGGGAUCGUGUUUGCGGAUUAAUUCUCUUUUCAGCUUGCAGCUUGCUUUGAGGACCGCGGUGGAGCUCGGGUUAAGGUUCAUCGGUGGUGCUGGAGGUGAGUUGGUUAUGGGGUGUGGUGUCGGCUUAUAUACUCAUCGGCAAAGCUGGUCCAAUCUGUUAACUCCUCCCAUUUUGACACUUCUUUUCUUUCUCGUGUUUUCAUGGAUUCAGUUGUCUUUCCGUCUUUAUAGUGGUUUCGUUUCGUCUUGUUGGCUUGCCUUUUAGGUUUUCCAGCUAGUGAUGGUAUUAUCUUGCGUAUCUCCUCUUUGGUGUUGGCUUGUCAGUGGCGGUUUAUUCAUUUUGUCCCUUUGUUUAUCAAAUUAGGAUUAAGACUAUCCCGGUUUGGGUGAACCGGACUGUACUUUAGUUUGUUUUUUUUUUUUUUUUAAGAAAAUGUUUUCCAACUAUCAAUUUUUGUAAAACAAAAUAUCAAAAUAUUGUAAUAUGAAAACCUUUUUUUUUAAAAAGGUAUAGCUUAAAGGCAGGGCCGGCUUAGAUAGAGGACGAGUGGUGCGACCGCUCCGGACCCAAUCCAUUGUCUCCUAUUUCUUAAUAGAUAAGGGUCUGAUUUUUUUUUAAAUACAUGUAUUUUUAUAUUAAAAAUAAGAGAAGGGGUCCAAAUUUUUUUAUAUGAAAGUAUGUUUUUAUUUCUAUAGAUUUAUUUUAAAAAUACUUCUCGUAUUUUGACAAAAAAAUAUAUCUAUCAGAUUUUUUAAAGAAAAAUAAUAGUUUGGAAAUUAAUUUUUAUUUUGUCCGAGGGCCUAUGACACUAUUGAGUCGGCCAUGCUUAAAGGAAUAUAUUUAAUCCAUCUAAUAAAAUAUUUUUCUGCACCUUCACUUCAUGUAUUUUCCGCUUAUUUUUUUGCUUAAGUUUAUACUCCUUCUGUUUUUGAAAGUAGGAUUUUCUAGAUUUAUUUUGUGUUCCAAAAUGAUAGAUUUUUUAAAAUUUUAAAGUAUUUUAGUAGUUAAUGUUGAAAAAUUAUAUAUUUUUAAGAAACAUUUUUUUUUACGUCAAGAAACAUUUAUUGAAAUAUUUGAAUUGGUUGAAUACUAUUGGUUGAUAUUUAUUGGAAAAUGUAUAGUAAAAUAAAUAAUAAAUUUAAUUGUAAAAGAUUAAUUGUUUCCUUAAUAUGUGUGAAUCUUCUAGAAAAUCUUUCUUUUGAGAAUAGAGGGAGUAUAAUUUAAUCAAAUACAAUUUACUUCAAAAAAAAAUAAAAUAAGAUGAGGCCCAAAGUAUAAAUACACGAUAGCGGAUAGAAAAAAAAAACUCAUUACAGAUUGCUUUCCAAGAAUCGCUCAAGUCACAUACGAUACUCAACUAAGACAAGUCUUCUUGCUCAUCGCCGCUUUUAGUCUUCGUAUUCCCGUCAAAUUCACAUCAUGGGCGGAGGAAGAGUGCAACCGAAGAAUCAAAUGUUCAGUUUUGCGAAACAAUACAUCGCUCGUGUGAAGGAAGCAUUAAAAGAUGAACCUGAAAAAUAUCAAGUGUUUGUCGAUAUGUUAAAGUAUUUCACAAAUCAUCGGAGGUAUGAUGAUGAAGCUACUAUCUUAGCAACGGUGGAUGACCUCUUAAAAGAUCACCCUGAUCUGCGUCUUGAUUUUAAUAACUUCCUUUCUCCCGAGGCUGAGAGCAUCAUCACCCCUCCCGAGGCUAAGAGCAUCAUCCCUCCCACGGCUGAGAGCAUCAUCAUCCCUCCCGAGGCUGAGAGAACCAUCCCUCCCAAAGCUGAAGAAACCAUCACUCCCGAAGCUGAGAGAACCAUCCCUGAUGAGGCUGAGAGAACCAUCAUCACUCCCGAUGCUAACAAACAGUUAAGCAAAUAUCAAACCAUGGUUGAUAGAAGAGUAUCGCGGGAGCUAACCUUAGAUGACGAUGCGCAUCCAUACAUUGCUUCUGUGAAAAAAGCAUUUUGUGAUGAACCUGGAAAAUAUAAGGAGUUUCUACAGAUCUUGCAUGCUUAUUCUCAUCUCGGGAAGGAUGUCCCUAGUACCACUGCAAGGAUGAGGGAACUCAUGAAAGAGCACAAGAAGCUGUUUCGUGGUUUCAGAGUCUUCCUUCCGGAUCAUGCUAAGACAACCAUCAUUCUCAAGGUUAAGAGCACCAUCCCUCCUCCCGAGGCUGAGCAUCAUGGUACUGCUCAGUCUAAUAGUAAGAAAAGAAAACGUGUGGAGUUUGAUGAUACGAGUUUUGUCGACAAGCUUAAGAUAAGAUUUCGGAGCCUUGAUACUCAUGUAGUUGAGUCCUUCCGAAAGACGAUGAAAAAAUAUGAAGAGGGAAAGAAGUCGAAAAGGAAGGUGUACAACAAGGUCCUGAAUCUUCUCUACUAUCAUGAAGACUUGACCGAGGACUUUACCAGAUACUUCAAACGACAAAAAAUCCUUAAGGAAUAGCAUCAUCAACAUCUCGUAAAGAUACUAAACAACAUGACUUAUACCGUUGCUUCUAAAAUGACGUUUGGUGCAGAAAGUAGAUCAUAAUAUUAAAUGUGAAGAACACUAACGAGAAGAGCUUUGUAUAGUUUCUUUUCUAAAAAGUGUAGAGUUUAGUUCAGCUCUUCUGACGAGCACAUAACUUCUUGUUACAUUAUGAAUAUUUUAUACUCAAAGGUGUUUGAUUUGA